AAGAGACAAACCUCGCCAGCACCGUUGGAAGAGGCUGCAGUGUCAAGAAAGUCUCCGACGCUCCCAGCAGACCUCGAAUAUGUAUCCCAGACUCGACCGCACACCCGUCAGUACGGCUAUCUAAGGGAAAUUAUGAAACAAGUGAUGAAGAAGAAAGCAAGAAAGGAGGAAGCAACGGAGAAAGCGAUAAAAAAGAAUACAAUAGUAAAGAAACCGGAAGUGAAGGUAUAGCCCUAUUAAACUGUACCAUGGACAAUACCAUUGACGAGUCCGAAAAGCGAAGUGACGAAGGAAAAAGUCCUGACUCACAUGAUGAAGAAAAACCACCACGAGAAUUAAAAAAUAAUAACGACAAAGACACUAUAGGAACUUUGGAUGAAUACUCUAUUACGCCAGCAGAAUUAGUUGACGAAACCACAGAAGCCACUUACGAUGAAGUCCUGAUCAAUGAGGAAGGAACUGAUAACCCAACGGAUAAACCUCGAGAACUUACCUACGAUAAAACACCGCUUACACAAGAGAGGAACGAAGGAUCAACCCGAAGGUAUGCCACCACGCGACGUCGCGGAAGGAGAUCAAAUGAAGAUAUACGUCCUGAGCCGCAGAGGGAAGUUGUACCGGUGGGAGACCAUGUGAAUAAGGUUGAAAGAACUGCCACAGAAAACUUUGAAGCGAAAAAGGGUCAAGGGCUACCCUACGAUGAGUUUAUGGCUGCCCAAAAUGACAUGAAACAGGACGCCAGUAAUAAAACAUCGGAAUACAUGCUACAACACACCUUCAGAAAGGUGAAGAAGAAUAAAUUCGGAAACCCAUAUACUACCACGACGACAUUUAACCCGACCAGCCCCAAAGUACAAUUAGCCCCAACGGAUUGUC